GGAUAAACUCGCCCUGGCCGGCUACCAGUUCUGUAUCCUGACCCUGGAGGAGAAAGUCGCUAAGCAGAAGGAGAUGCCCGCGGGCACCUUGCCAGAGGAAGAGCGGGUCAACACACACCUUCUCCUGGCCAUGAGUAUGGACUCCUACGCCCGCUACCUCCUGGCGCACAACCAGACAGCGCUGGCCCAGACGAUGUACGAGCGGGCGCUGAAGAUCGCCAUGGAGGUCAACGGGGAGAGGCACCCCCAGACCGUGGUGGUGAUGAACGAUUUGGCCACGGCGCUGGACACUCAGGGCCUCUACGACGAAGCCUACGCCCAGGUGAGCAGAGCCGCCGAACUGGCCCAGCAGACCCAGCACACGGAUACCCACGUGAUCCUGAAUAACCUGGCCGGCAUCCUGAUCCAUAAAGGAGAUUAUUCCCAGGCCAGGCAGGUCUACCAAACCGCCCUGGAAGUGGCCGAGAAAUCGGGUGACGGCGUCGCUGUGCGAUACAUCACAAAGGAACUGGCUCAGCUGGCGAAGAGGAAGCGGGUGCGAUCCAGGGGAAAAACCGGCCUGCAGGAGACAAGCGCGGGCAAGGAUGGGGCAGAGGGGCAGGAGGAGUGACCGCCCGCCCCCCCAAGCUUCCCGCCGUUGGCUUGCAAGAGAGUCCCAACUGCAGUAGGCGUUGCUUUCCGCUCGCAAGGGCAACACGGCGCAGGGACGACCCUUGAUCUGCGCCCUGCCCACAAGGACGGAGCCUAGGGGAUGCCAGCUGGGGGGCAGAAAGUGAGGACCCCCGAGGAGAGCCCCAGUUUGGAGCCCCGGGCUGUAUAAAGCGGAGAGACCUGCAG